AUGGGGAAGAAGCUGAAACCGAAGAUCCACGUUCGCGAUAGCAUAGUAGACUUUCUACUGCGAACGGAAAAAUUUCUCCACAAUAGCCAGGCGCUCGACGAACACCAAAUCCAGUUUCGUUUGGAGAAACUGGAGGCGAAAUGGGACGAGUUUGAGGAAGUACAAUGCGAUAUCGAGGCAUCUGAUGAUCAUGAAGAGAAUGUGGAGCUUCAUCGGCAAGUACGAGCGGAUUUCGAAGAGAAAUAUUUUGAGGUAAGGGCAGGGUUGUUUGGCAAGCUACCACGGCAAGUACCGCCAUCAACACAAAAUGCAUUUGCUGGAUCUGAACCGGCUAGCGUACAUACUUAUGUAAGACUGCCGCAAAUAAAUUUACCGGAAUUCGACGGUAGUUAUGAAAAAUGGUUGCCUUUUCAUGACACAUUUCGAGCCAUGAUCGAUUCUUCUCCAGAUCUGAGUGGUAUCCAAAAGUUUCACUAUUUACGAGCGUCUUUAAAGGGUGAUGCACUGAAGUUGGUCGAUUCUUAUACGAUGAGCGAGGUAAAUUACAGGGUUGCUUGGAAUGGUUUGGUAGCACGUUUUUCCAAUGGAUAUUUGCUAAAAAAGCGGCAUUUAAACGCAAUGUUCGAGUUCCCGAAAAUGCGGAAGGAAUCAUCGGUGGGUAUUCAUGACGUCAUCGAUUGUUUUGAACGGAACACGAAGAUUUUGGAUCAGCUUGGGGAGAAGACAGGCGGUUGGGGAGCAAUGCUUACGCAUCUGCUGGUAUCGAAAUUGGAUGAUGGUACUCAAAAACGUUGGGAAGAAAGUGCUUCAAACGAAAACGAGCCCUCCUUUGCAAUGUUGGUAGAUUUUCUCAAAAAACAAUCGCGGGUAUUGGACGCAGUUUCAGUGGAUCAACGAAUGGCUUCAGCGAACAGUCAAACGUCUUCAACUGUGUCUAAGUUUCGUCCUUCGAAGGUUUCCGUCAACUCAGCAACCGGAAGUAAGACUCCAAAUUGUGUCUCAUGUGGUGAGCAGCAUUCGAUCGCACAAUGUCCGAAGUUUAACAAGCUGUUGUUGGACCAAAGGCUACAGUUUUCAAACUCCAAGCGGCUCUGCAGCAACUGCUUAGGGCGAAAUCAUAUGGCACGCGACUGUCCUUCGAAAUUUCGUUGCAGGACUUGUUCAAAACGGCAUCAUAUACUACUUCAUCCUGGAUUUCCCGGUUCUGGCUCUACUACUGUUUCGUCCUCGGCUACGCAGGGGCUGUCAUCUUCCACCCUAUCGGCGUCCGACGAGGCAUCGAACUCCGGAAGUGCAAUCUCAAGUUCGAUCCAAUCGGUCUCGACUAAUCUGGCUUCAGGACACCCUGGAACAUACGUUUUCUUGUUAACUGUAAUACUCAAAAUAAAGGACAACUGGGGUAGACAACACUACGCUAGAGCAUUAUUGGAUUCUGGAUCGCAAGCCAAUCUGAUAUCGGAGAAUCUAUGUCAGUUGCUCAAGUUACCAAGACGAAGUAAAAGAGUCACGAACAACCAGCCAUCUACCUCGCUUCCAUUGGCAAAUUGGAAGCCGCCAAGCGGCAUGGAACUCGCUGAUUGUGGAUUUUACGUUGCAGGACCGAUCGAUUUGGUGCUCGGGUCUCAGCACUUCUACGACUUUCACCUUCUCCAUGGUGGCCGGAUGCAGGUUCGCAAACUUGAUGAUCACUUACCUGUGUUUGUCAAUACGGUCUUCGGCUGGGUCGCUGCUGGAGAGUCGGAAUGGUCGCCUGGUAAAUCAUCCAUUAGCUGUCACGUCACGGUAAUGGAACCGCUCGAUAAGGCUAUCGAGAAGUUUUGGACAAUCGAGGAGAUAUCCGAGAAUCCGUUACGAUCGCAAGAAGAAAAGGAUUGCGAAGAACACUUUCAAAGUACGAUCACACGCGAUGAAACGGGACGCUAUGUAGCACGGUAUCCAAAACGGAAUGGCUUUCACGCGAAAAUUGGGGAAUCGAAGAGCACGGCGUUACGACGAUACCAUCAAUUGGAGAAACGGUUGGAAAAGGAUUCUAGCUUGCGCGAAAAAUACAUCGAAUUCCUGCAGGAAUAUCUAGAUUUGGGGCAUAUGCACCAUAUCGGUUCGGUAGAUUCCACUUUGGACGAAGAAUUGACAGCUUACUACUUACCUCAUCAUCCGGUGUUCAAGGAGUCUAGCUCAACGACGAAGGUGCGGGUAGUGUUCGACGGAUCAGCGAAAACAACUACCAACAUAUCUCUUAACGAUGCUUUACUCACAGGUCCUGUUAUUCAAGACGAGUUGUUGAGCCUCAUGUUUCGUUUUCGUAAGCAUGCUGUCGCGUUAAUAGCGGACGUGGAAAAAAUGUAUAGACAAAUACGCAUUCACCCGGAAGAAACAUGUCUUCAACGAAUCUUUUGGCGCUUUCAUUCCUCAGAACCAAUAAAGGUGUACGAGCUUCAGACUGUUACUUACGGCUUAGCCCCUUCUUCGUUCAUCGCAACUCGCGUACUUAAACAGCUCGCACUGGAUAAUGGUGGCAAAUACAAACUUGCUGGUCCAGCUGUAAUGAAGGAUUUUUAUAUGGAUGAUUUCCUUUCGGAAGCAGAGUCUAUAGCAAAAGCAAAGCAGCUACGAAAAGAAACCCAAUCUCUGAUGGCGGAAGGCGGCUUUGAAUUGCGAAAAUGGAGCUCAAAUUGUUCGGAAGUGUUGGCUGACUUACCUGCUCAAGUUCUUGGUGAGCGCUCCAUAUUGCACUUCGACUCGGAAGCAAGGGUAAAAACGCUCGGUGUGGUAUGGGAGACGGAUACGGACCAGUUGUGCAUUGAGGUUCGAACAACGGAAGUAGACGAUCAUUGGACGAAGAGGAAAAUAUUUUCGGUCAUUGCGCAACUGUACGACCCACUCGGAAUAGUUUCUCCGGUUAUAUCUUGGGCGAAGAUCAGAAUGCAACACCUUUGGUUAGUUAACGUUGACUGGGACGAACCUGUCCCACAAGAAAUCGAAGCUAAGUGGAAGGAAUUUCAUUCUCAAAUCCCCCUGUUGAAACAACACAAGGUCCCCCGGUAUUUAUUUGUCCAGGAAUAUUGCACAAUUCAAUUUCAUGUCUUUUGCGACGCUUCAGAAGUCGGCUAUGGUGCGUGUAUGUACGCCCGAUCGAUCAACAAAGAUGCUCAGGUUCGAAUCCAGCUCAUAGCGGCCAAAUCACGUGUAGCGCCAAUCAAACGGCUUAGUUUACCUCGGUUGGAACUGUGCGCUGCUUUAUUAGGGGCCAGGCUCUAUGCACGUGUCUCGGUCGCACUUGGAAUGGAGGGAAUUCGUUGUUGGUUCUGGUCGGACUCUACUGUCACGCUGCAUUGGAUUGCUGCUCCUCCAAAUACUUGGCAAACGUUCGUAAGUAACCGUACAUCAGAAAUACAACUGCUGACACAUGGACACAAGUGGAAUCACGUAAAGGGAACGGAUAACCCGGCGGAUCAUGUGUCGCGUGGUAUGCUACCAAAAGACUUCAUUACCGAUACGCUUUGGAAGUGUGGUCCAUUGUGGCUGGAAAAAGAAGAAGACAAUUGGCCUAGUAUGUUGAAUCAUCCUUCCCCCGCUGAAGACCUUCUAGAACGAAGAAAAGUGAUUGAGGAAAACAUGAAUACUCGCCCAUUAACGCCUCUGUCAGAUGACCCGAGCGAAUUGGACGUUCUUACUCCCGGACACUUUCUAACCGGUGGCGCACUUUUGCAACUUCCUGAUCCUGACUAUACUGAAGUGCCAACAGGUCGAUUAGGGCACUAUCAACAGUUACAACAACUGAUUCAAAAUCACUGGCAGCGUUGGAGGAAAGAAUAUCUUACUGAACUCAAUCAGCAGUGGCAAAAAUCCUGUUCUCCGGCAGAUAUACACGAUGGCCAAAUGGUAUUACUGCAAGAAGAUGGAAAGGCAUCAGUUGCAUGGCCACUAGCAAGGAUCACAGCAGUGCAACCUGGUAACGAUCGCAUCGUCCGAGUUGCAACAGUUAAAACUAAAAGUGGAACUUACAUACGACCGAUUCGCAGAUUGUUUCCACUUCCAUUCGAUCGGCAGUUAGCAGUACAGCCGGAUCAACAAACUGAAAAGGAAGAAGAGCAUUAA